AUGGAUGGAUCUCCUCGGGGACGAAAAAGAUCCUACUCAGCCCUCAUCGAGCAGACUCCUCCACCAGAACAGCCAUGGGCUCCUGAGACAAAAUCCAGCCCGCUACCACAGAACUAUGAAUCGCCUUCCAACAUGAAGAUGCCUAUGCCUCUACAUCACCCCAAGGCCGGGCUGUUGAGAACUCGGUCUCCCUUGGUUGGCCAAAACUUGUUGUCGUUCCCCAACAUCCAUUUCCCUCGGGCGUCGACACCGCUGGCUCGCACUCGCACUCUCGGUGCACCACUCCCUUAUUCUUACGGCUCGUUGGUGACGCUUGAUCCGGCCUCGCUGUCUCCGACACCAGAUCCUGUCGCGGUUGCAGAGAUCAAGCGCCUUAUCCCCCAGAGUCUCCAGUGGAAUGGCCACAGGGACGUCAGCGAGAUGGUCGACGCGUUGACGGCGGACAGCUCCAGCACAGAUCCAUCUCCAGAUCAAGUCGAAAAACCAGCAACGGUGUCGAAUCAGAUUAUUGAUGGCCUCUUCGAGGACUACACGGCAGAGAUGGCCGGGGCAGAAUUUGACGUUUUCUUGAGCCAGAUGGCGGUCCAAGACCUCACGGAUUGUCCUGUAACGAAGGAGCACGUCGACCCCGAUUCACACUAA